GAAAACAGAUGAGUUUUGACUGCGCUUACGAAAACAUCCACCCGGCCGCCCCCAGUUAGACUCUGUCAGUGUGAGUGAGUGAGUGAUUGUGCAAGGCGGAGGACGAUUUCAUUACAGGUCCGGUUCAAUUCGAGAUUUUUUUUUCUCAAGCCAAUUCUAAGGGCACAAUUCCAUCGCACGAAAAAAAAAAUUCGACGGCUAAUCAGUUGCGUUAUCAAUGACGUGAGGUUGAACCCUUACAAUAAUCAUAAAUCAAAGUUCGAUUGAUUGUUUGGGAAAAGAGGAAAAGUUUGCGAUUGCCAACAUGAAGUAAUUGUGUAAUACGUCUAUUCUACUGGAGAACGGAAUGGAGUAGGAUUGUUAAAGUCAGCAUUCGACAAGCGGUCAUUAAACUAUCCAGAAGUGAAAGAUUAACGAAGGGAUCACAAAAAAAUGAAAUCAUUCAAAUGAAUGCCGAAUAGCGAUUUUCACGACUGGUUUUUCUUAGAAGUAGGGUGAGUCUUGCCUACGUAAUAAAAUUGUAUCACAGUGAAAGUGUGGAAGUUUGGUGAAAAGAGCUGCUGGUGUUUUUGCCCUUAAUGCCAAGAAUGGUUCCUUAGAAGGUAAUGGCAGUUUGUGAAAAUAGUGCUACACUCCGUCUUCCACCUCAGAUGGCUGAUCAGAAGCAACAUAUGGAAUGGAAAAUUUAAUAGCAUCAGCAACAGCAGCACCUACCGAUAGCGCAGUGUCGCUGGUUAGGCAGGUUUUUCUCCGUGGAACGGAGCGAGUGAAAUAAUCCACACCGCCAAAGCAGGAGUCAUCGAACAUAUAACUACAACGCCCUGCUGCUCGUUGCCGGAUUUGGCGAAUGCUGCUGAAAGAAUCCUUACAACCGCGCACAAUGAUGAUGAGCAUCCUACGCUGGCUGCCGGGGGCAUGCGGCAGUAUUGGUCCGGCUCUGAUUCCACCAGCUCACAUCGCAGUACUGUGGUACUUCUGGCAAAACUACUCGCGGUACGUUGAUAAACGGUUUUGCUCCUGCUCUUGCUGGGAUACGGUAUUCAAAGGAACGUACGAAUCCGGCAUCGCGUCCUACAAGCACAUGUACUUUAACGCCACUCAGAAUACGAUGAAGAUGUGGCUCCUGAUCGUGAUCGGAGUAAUAUCCCUGUACGAAUGUACCAAAUAUCUAACGCAACUGAUGCUCCAGAAUCGAGUUCGGUACACGAUGAUCUUACUGUUUAUGCUGUCCAUUUUCUCCCACUAUUACGCAUGGUGGGCCUAUCUGAACUAUUACAACGACGAAUACUACAAUCAGUGGAAUCACCAGUUGUUCUUUACGAUCACUGAACUCAUAUCAACCAGUUUCGUGCUGCAUUUGGCCAACGCGGAUAACACGGUGACCUCCCGCAAAACGCUUGCCAUCGUUGGUAUCGCAAUCCUGCACAUUCUGGCCAGCGGAGUGGAUCAGUUCAUAUCAAACGUGUUUCGGGGGGAAGGAUAUCCGCAUCAGGUGGUUCGCGACCUCGGCUUCAUGAUCCCGGACGUGAUGCAUUUGCUCAUUCCACUGUGGUUGCUGCGGCAAACACGGAAAGAAAGUUUCAGUACCCGACCAUUCUACCGGGACCGGAAUCUGCGGCGGGACGUGGCGCUCAUGUUCUUCAUCGUAGCAGUAUUAUUUACGAUUUGUUCGUUUCUCUAAGAUUAACCCAACCAGCCGGAUAUCAGAAAGCUGGUGCCGUGAGAAAAGAAGACCAACUUUUUCCAAAACAAGUGUCACGCUACUUUUAAAUAGAUAUACGUUAAAUUGUGCUAUCCCGAAUUCUUCCAUUUUUAUCGUUGUAGGCAUGUGAUCCAUAAUCGGACCGUGAGAACGUGAUUUGAGAUAACAGAUUUUACAGCUUCCGUUAGAAGAGACAGAUAGAAUUAUUUAAAACCAAACGUGACUGCACCCGUCAACGCUCUGCAAGACUGUAAGAAGGCAUUACAAAUUUAAGAAUGGAAUUUUUGAACAGAACAGUUGAAAUUUCUAAUGGAUUUAACGUUUUGCUUUGCUUAAGAAUACUGGUCUCAACAAAUGAAUAAACCAUCUAAGGUACGCUAUCUCGCAGUAAACAGUAACUGUUGACAGGUCGGGGAUCAUAGAAAAACUCAGAGACGAAUAAUUGGGUCUAGGAGUUAGUUUUCAAAGUUUAUUGAAAGCUAGGACAUCUAUCAAUAACAAUGCAUCAUUAUAGUAUACUUAGUCAUUUCUAUAAGUUACCGAAUAUUUUUCAAGAUUUGAGAACGUAUGACUUGCUUUCGGAAAGUUAUUGGACGGAAUACAUUGAUGGAUCAACGUGUCGUGAGUGAUUCAAAUAUUUCAGCAACGGUGAUUUUGAGGACCAGAGACGCUUCGGAAUUCCGAUUUUUGAAGACGAGAUAUCUGAAGUUUUUCUUGAUUCCGCCUCAUCCACAUUGUAGUCCAGGCUUGGCCCCAUCCGGUUACCACUUGUCUCGAUUGACACAUUGGAAGCAUUAAAGAUUACUUCUGAUCUGUACUUCAUGAAUUGACAGAAGGAUUAAUUUGAUGAAGUUUUUAAUUUCCGUACUCGUAGAUGUUAUCAGAUUUGCACAAAAUUUUAAUCAAAUUUUUAUCAAUAGUGUAAAAAUAUGAGAACAUUUGAGAUCUGCCAGCAUAGUUACUUAGAAUUUUGAGACCAUUGAAAUUGCAUACCCGAAUUAUUGAGCAAAUCGCAGAACGAAAGCACUGAGCUAGAACAAAGCGUAGUAACUCCUGAAGAUUGAAAGUAACGUCCUUGCCAUCGCUUUUAAACGUCUAUCAAUUUGUCCUAACAUCGUAGUUGAAAUAGAGUUCCAAGUGAACUAUUUUUCCAAUUGAUUAAACUGAAAACAAAAAUCCUGCAGUAGUGAAAACAUAUCUUCUUACCAGUGUAGCAAAUAUGUCUUAUAGCAGAUGUCGUAGAUUCGUGAAAUCAUAUUUUCUGUCUAGUGCCGACUAUCCAGCAGUCUAUCAUAUCAACAUUAUUAUGGGUUAGCAAAACUAGAUUUCGACUUGUUGUGCGUUAUUCAUCAUUUUGUCAUGUUUUGGUAUUUUACUGAUAUAAAUAAACUAAACGCGAUUUUAUAUACUAUCGUCAAGCUCUUCCCCUUCGUAUAGUAUAUUAUAAAACAGUGGACUUGAUAAAAAUAUUUUAGAAAAAAAAGUAGACAAUAACGUUUGAAAUGAAACAAAACCAAGAAAGUAACCGAAGCUAACGAAGGUAAAUAGUUAAUCUAAUAUAUAGGACAAAGAAAUGAAAGAACAACGCAGUCAAAAAUAAACUGAAUGGUUGAGUCUCAAAAUUAUUAUCCCGAUAUGUACGUUGUUAGGUUUUAGAGAUUGUUGUUGGUUCCAUGCAUACACAUACACACACAUACAUGCACCUACCAUAGUAAAUAAAGCCAAAGAGCCAAAAAUGAAAUACCGGAGCACCACUAGUAGGGAUAAACUGAAUAGUAUGCCAUGCCGAAUAACCGCCAAUGCGAUGAACCUACCGCCAUAUUACCUGCAGUGUUAACAAGGUAGGCGUUGAACACAUUGUGAGUGAAAUUCGAACGCCAUAUGACAACUAACUUUAGAGCGGAAAUAUUUCCCCUUUGACAGUACCCACCAGGAUAUAAAUUUAAGUUUUUUUGUUAAUCGAUGAAAAUGAAACAGAAUAAAAUAAUUCAAACUGAAA